AUGCUGUUUUCUCGCAAUUCUCUUGUAUCGCUGUUCGCGGUGGUCGGCACACCUUCGGCGGGUGUGUUGGCUCAGGAUGCCGAGGGCUGGUACAAGGCUCAUCCAGGCAUGUCGCGUAUCAAGCAGGUCAAUCAAGACACGCAUCAAAUUGUUGACGAAUUCGGCCGUACGCGGUUCUUCCACGGAACCAAUGUAGUGAUGAAGGAGCCCCCAUGGCAUCGGCCCUUGGAGUGGGUGCCUGGCGUCUCCUCCUUCGGCGAGCAAGAUGUCCAAAACCUGCAUGAUCUGGGUCUGAACAUUGUGCGGUUGGGCCACAGCUGGGCUGGUGCAGAGCCUGUGCGUGGCGAGUACAACCAGACCUUCCUGGAUAUCAUGAAGCAGCAGACCAAGAUGGCUGAGGACCAUGGUCUUUAUGUCUUGGUGGAUGUGCAUCAGGACUGCCUGGCGCGGCAACUUUGUGGCAACGGUGCACCGGACUGGUUUGUGCAGAAGGACUGGGUCUCGAGCGGGAAGAUGUAUCCGUAUCCCCUCAAGACAACGCCGUUCCCUGUGGAUGACCGUGGCUUCCCCACACCGGAGUCGCUGUGCGGCACUGUGGAUUGGGCUUUGAGCUACACGUCGGUCGCGAUAGGCAAUGCAUUUGGGCGGUUGUACAACAAUUACGACGGGCUGGGCGAUGCGUUCGCGGCGUACUGGAAGAAGCUGGCGUCCGAGUAUGUGCAGACGACCAAUAUCGUCGGAUAUAACCUGCUCAAUGAGCCGUGGGUGGGCGACACCUGGGCCGAUCCGACACUGCUGGUGCCUGGCGUUGCCGACCACAAGGUCAUGGAAGGGCUCUGGAACCGAGCAACCAAGCAGAUCCGUACGGUCGACAAUGACACGCUCAUCUGGUUCGAAGGCGCCACCCUCGACGUCUUGUCCGGUUUCAACGACGUCCCUCUCGGGGACGGAUCCAAGUCGGUGCACUCGUUCCACUACUACAGCCCGCCGCAGAUGGGCUCGAUCUCCAACACGCUCGACAACCGUCGCAAGGACAACGAGCGCCUUCGGACGACCGGUGUGUUGACCGAGCUCACGUUCUGGAUGGGCGACGAUAAGCAAAUGCAGGACCUUGCGGACGCCAUGUCCGCGACCGACGAAAAGAUGGUUUCCUGGAUCGGCUGGGCGUACGAAAACCUGUACAAUGGCACGUCUGGUCAGGCAUACCCUGAGCUAGCCACGCACUACAGCCGUGCAUACCCGGCGGCUGUCGCGGGCACCCCAAAGAGCUUCAGCUUCUCUGAGAGUUCAGCCACCUUGGAGCUGAAGUUCACAUCUGAUCCCGCCAUCGACGCGCCCACCGAGGUCAUCCUGCCCCCAUCCACGUUCCCCAAUGGAUAUAGCGUCCAGGUCUCGCCCGAGGGUAGCUUGGUCCAGCACGAAGUUGACAAGCGUACCUUGGCGUUGUUUACAUCGGACAGUGUCAAGGAUGCCACCGAGAUCUCUGUCACUGUGACCCGUAAAUAA